GAUGAUCUCUGUUUUCUUCCCUAAGACUGUCCUUCAAAACACUGGCUUAUUCGUAACGCUGCUUUUUUUGUACUUUCCAUCAGUUAUCAUGAGAUAAGCAGUGAGGAAGCACGUGUUUUUCACUUCCCCAUUUCCUUCGAGUGGUGCGUUGUUGGAGGACUCUGAAGAUCUCAGUCGACUGUGUUUUGAAUAAGGACUACUACUCUCAGUGGCAGUGGUGUGAAGGAAAUCCAACGGCUUCGAUGUCAAGGACCUGUUGAUUUACGUCGACAAGCCAACGAGCAAUGAGUCUAUGGAGAAUUUUGCUAUUCUGUAUCGUGUGUAUUCAUCAAGUGUGCUGUAGUGAGGAACAUAUUACUGGUUACCUUGGCCAAUCAGUUGUCCUAAAAUCUGGAGCAGACAGAGCAUGGAACCUCAGUAAAGUUCAAUGGUCCAUUUAUCAGAACACAACAUACAUUGCAAGUCUAAAGGAUGGCAUAGUGACUAUAUUCAAGUUUUGGAGACAUCAGGGUCGACUUGAGCUCAACUCCAAAACGGGAGAUUUAACAAUCAACAAUGUGAAAAUGGACGACAGCAUGACAUACACUGUGGCCCUGGUCAACUCAGAAGAUACUAGGAGAAAAGUUAAAGUUCAUCUCAUAGUCCAAGAAAAACUCAAGAAACCAAACAUCCAGAAAAUGUUCGAUUCCCACAAAGACGGCCAAUGCCACGUGGCCCUUAAUUGCACUGCAUUUGGCCAAAAUGUGAAUCUGUCCUGGACACCUAGCGGCGAGUUCAACGGAUCGUAUAUUUCUGGAAAUGCUGUCGACUCUUCGUUGGUUCUUUUCAUGUCAUUCAGUGGCAACAGAAAUGUGACACUCAACUGCACUGCCUCCAGUGGUCAACAGACAGAGACCAAACAAAUGACAGUGGGAUGUUCAGAGGAGAAGCAGGGGUGUGAAGUCUGCACCAUUUGCAGUUCCUGCAGUUCAUGUGCUUCAUCUGUGACAUGGGCUGUGGUUUUGGUUAUAGCUGGGGUUUUUGCUUUAGCAUGUGCAUUUACACAGAAAGAAUUAAAAAUGCCUUCACUGCCUUCCUCAAUUUCAUCCGGAGUCUAUGGUAAUAUACCACAGAGAUCACAGAUGUAAUGGACUCAGUGGUUUGUAGCAUUACUUAUCCUCGGUAUUUAUUUUUCCACUGGUACCAGUGACAGUCCUGAAUCCUGUGGUGAUGAGAUGCGACCAACUGGGAAAAGACACGAAGGAGGACAAACAAACUUCUUUUGCAUAAGAUUCAGCUAAACAGUGACCAGCAUGCAUGUUAAUUCAUAGAAAGGAGCAGAUCAGACAUUGUGUUCCACGAGAAAAUAGUCAUACAAGUUGGGAGCAUCAUGAAGCACAGGCUUCAGUUUACAGCAAAUUAUGUACGGAAGUCGUGACUGUUGGUUUGACCUCAUUAGAUUCUGUGAGUGGAAUGCACCUGUGUGAAUGAUGAUUUCUGUACUUAAGACAACCUUUUUAGCCACAGUAGUUAUGAAUCUAUCAAAGACAGAAAAAAAAAAAAAUGUAUGAUGUCUUCAAAAUCCAUUUGACACAAAUAUCUGAAGGCUUGUGCUCAUUCAGUUUAAAUUGACGUGAUGCUUCUGGUACUAAUUGCCUUUCUGUCUUUACUUGAAUUAAACAAUGGCAGGUUUUUUUUUUUUUACAAUUUUUAAAUUGUCAAGCUUCUUUCUUCAAAAAUGCUUGUUUUUUUUGUAAGUUGGAAACAAGGAAUGUUCUGAUGAAUUGUAGCAGUGAAACGUCCUGUAUUUAGUUCUUGUUUUACUUUUUUCCCCAUAGUUUCCCUUAGUUAGUUUCCAUAGUGAUCAUUAACCACACCUGUUCCUUGUUAGCCUUUUCUUUUCCUGUGUAUUUCUACCCCAGUGUUUCCCUUGUUGUUUUUAGUUCUGCCUUGACCAGUGUCUGGAUUUAUUCUGUUUUUGUCUACAUCUCCCUUAGCCUGGAUUUACUAUUAUGUUUGUUAAAUGUUUUUGAUGCAAUUUGA